ACGAACAGCUAAUCCUAGCCCAAGACUAAAGGCCUCUUUCACCACCACCGGAAGCGGCUCUGGAGAGUUUUCCUGACACACGAUUCGUUCCGAGCCUCUCAAUCCAUUUUUUCCUCCCCAGGUCCAAGCCAAAACGAAAUUUCGUAACCAAUGAAGUGCAUGGGAGCAACCUCCACCAGACUUAGCAUCAUACUUGUUCAGGAACAGGAUCGUUUAUUUGGGCAUGCCUCUAGUCCCUUCUGUCACGGAAUUGAUGCUUGCAGAAUUUCUUUACCUACAAUAUGAAGAUGAGGAGAAGCCAAUUUAGAUGCACAUGAACUCAACUGGAACCCAAAAGGGUGGUCAGAAGCUGGGCUAUGAGACAGAAGCUUUGGCAGUUUAUGAUGCCAUGAGGGGGAGAAGCUGCAUUACUUUUGGCUUCUGGUGCAAAAGGAAAUCAUUCUGCCUUUCCUUGAUGCCCAAUAAUGGUAAGGCAGCCAAUUGCAAGGCUUCAAGGUCAAGCAACAGAUGUUGACCUAGCAAGAAAGGAAUUAAGGAAUGUAAAGACAGUUGAUGUUUGGAUUUUGAAGCCAAGGUCAACUCUAAAGAUUCGAAACCAAUCUCAAAAGUGGCAGCAUGCUGAAAGGAUUAAUCUCCUUGCAAAGCAUACUGGAAAAUCAGCUGAGCAGAUUGAAGAUGAUUCCAGGCACCCAAAAUACUUUAUGCCCAGUGAGGCAGUUGAAUAUGGCAUCAUAGCUAAGGUAUUGUACAAUGAAAGGAGCACCAAAGACCAAGGUGUUGUCUCUGACCUAAAAAAGGUGCAGCUUCUUUGACUGCAGAAAAACUUGUUGGUGGAUUGUUCAACUGUUAAGGUAAAAUCAUCUUCAUCCCAUGAAUUAUAUGAUGAUUAAAUUCUAAUCAUGCAAUCUAAUAUAUUAGUGUAGAAUAGCUCAGGGGUGAGAAUUAAAGGCCCCCUUUUUAGUAGGCAAUCUGUUGCUAUACUUUUUUGUGAAGUCCUUCACAUUACUCAUUAUAUGGUGUGCAUUACUAUUUGUUGUAAAUAACAUAAUUUUGGGGGCACUAUGCUGUACUAAGUAGGGUAUAGCUGGGUCCACAAUAUCUAAUCAGUCUCAUCUGCAUUAAGUACAUAUUCUUCUAGACAGGAUUGAUGCUUCUUUUCAGUUUGAUACCCAAUGUAGCCUCUGGUACAUUUUUGUCUACAACUACCUUAUCAUGGUGUAGCUGAGCGUUCACUCAUUUUGGGUGAAAAAUGAACCUGAAAAUCAACA